AAGCUAUGUGACUGAGAGAGUGGAAGCUACGUGACAGAGAGAGUGGAAGCUAUGUGACUGAGAGAGUGGAAGCUACGUGACUGAGAGAGUGGAAGCUACGUGACUGAGAGAGUGGAAGCUACGUGACUGAGAGAGUGGAAGCUACGUGACUGAGAGAGUGGAAGCUACGUGACUGAGAGAGUGGAAGCUAUGUGACUGAGAGAGUGGAAGCUAUGUGACUGAGAGAGUGGAAGCUAUGUGACUGAGAGAGUGGAAGCUACGUGACUGAGAGAGUGGAAGCUACGUGACUGAGAGAGUGGAAGCUACGUGACUGAGAGAGUGGAAGCUACGUGACUGAGAGAGGGGAAGCUACGUGACUGAGAGAGGGGAAGCUACGUGACUGAGAGAGGGGAAGCUACGUGACUGAGAGAGUGGAAGCUACGUGACUGAGAGAGGGGAAGCUACGUGACUGAGAGAGGGGAAGCUACGUGACUGAGAGAGUGGAAGCUACGUGACUGAGAGAGUGGAAGCUACGUGACUGAGAGAGUGGAAGCUAUGUGACUGAGAGAGUGGAAGCUACGUGACUGAGAGUGGAAGCUACGUGACUGAGAGAGGGGAAGCUACGUGACUGAGAGAGGGGAAGCUACGUGACUGAGAGAGUGGAAGCUACGUGACUGAGAGAGUGGAAGCUAUGUGACUGAGAGAGUGGAAGCUACGUGACUGAGAGUGGAAGCUACGUGACUGAGAGAGGUUUGUUUGAGCAGUUUAAUAAAACAAGAAAACUACAACGACUAAAAUAGAACUAAAACGACUUAAAUAGAACAACAAUGACUUUGACUAAAGCUUGGCUCGUCAAACUGAUAUGAACUGAAACUAAGAAGAACACAAUGACUAAAAUGGGACUAAGACUUUAAAAUAUAUUUUAAUCAUAAAGACUAAAUCUACAAUAGGGGAUUUGUUUUAUUGUUCUGUGUCAGAGGAAAAGGCUUGUUCAGGAGAUUGACCAGGAUCUGUUGUGGGGUUUUAUGUGUGUAGUUGUCUGAGUGUGAUGAUUGUGGCUGUGCAUAUAUGCACUUGUGUGUGUGUGUUUGUACACAUAAGUAGGUUGGUUGUUGUUUGAAUGAGCACAAGACCUCCUAGCAGUGUUUUGAUGAACAAAUGUUUAACACUGAAAAUAACAGUAUGAAAUAAAGCAAUGAGAACAAUGUC